CUCAUUGACGACCACCAGGAAUUCUCCGCCCAUCUUCCACGAUCCGACUGGUUUUUUCAAUCAGGAAUAUCAACAACGACCAAUCUUCUCCAGUCCGAUCACACACGAACGCCCAGCUUACCUAUUAGCUCGAAUUCAUACCCAGAAACAGUCCCGUGGAGCGGUUCAAUUUGAAUAUAUAGAUAUCAGUUGGAAGUCUUGGUUCCGUCUCCUUCACAUCAUGGGUCGCCAUGGGCAGUUUGGAGGUUAUUUCAAGGGACUCGAUGGCUUCUCAAAGACAAUGGAAGAUGUCAAAGUGAAGACUGGUUUUGGUGGAAUGUUGACCAUGGCUUCAGCCGCACUAAUCUUCACCCUGAUCCUAGUAGAAUUUCGAGAUUACCGUCAAAUUCAUGUCCAGCCAUCAAUUCUGGUCGACAAAAGUAGGGGCGAAAAGUUGUUGGUACACAUGAAUAUCACCUUUCCACGAGUGCCCUGUUAUUUGCUUAGUGUGGACGUGAUGGAUAUUAGUGGAGAACAUCAAAACGACGUGGCGCAUGAUUUGGCCAAAACUCGACUCGGCCUGGACGGUGUACCUCUUUCUACCAACACUACACAAAAACUGCAGGGUGAACUGGAAACGAUCAUUGCCAGUCGAGCAAAGGAUUACUGCGGCUCAUGCUAUGGCGGUGAACCUGGGCCUUCAGGAUGCUGUAAUAGCUGUGAAGAAGUUCGAGAGAGUUACGUCCGGAGGGGAUGGAGUUUUAACAAUCCUGAUGGGAUCGAACAGUGUGUGCAGGAGCACUGGUCGGAAAGGAUUAAGGAACAAUCUAAGGAAGGCUGUAACAUUAACGGUGUGCUCAAAGUAAACAAAGUAAUCGGGAAUUUUCACCUCUCUCCAGGUCGUUCAUUUCAAACACAUCAAGUCCAUGUCCACGAUUUAGUACCAUAUCUCCAGGACAGUAAUCUCCAUGAUUUCGGACACGUCAUCCACAACUUCGCAUUUAUGGAUGCCAAUCAACCCACAGAGACCGCACAUACACUGCGCCUGAAGAAAACGCUAGGAAUUGUGAAUCCCCUAGAUGGUGUCAAAGCUCACACCGAAGCAAGUAAUUACAUGUUCCAAUACUUUCUUAAGGUCGUCGGAACUCAGUUCCAACUCUUGGACGGCCAGGUCGCCAAGACUCACCAGUACAGCGUCACUCAGUACGAACGUGAUCUUGACAAUAGUGACAAGAGUGAUGCCGACGAGCUUGGACAUCUCACAAGUCAUGGUCACAGUGGUGUACCAGGAGUCUUCUUCAAUUAUGAGAUUUCGCCCAUGCAAGUCGUCCAUCAAGAGUAUCGACAAUCCUUUGCCCAUUUUGCAACAUCCACAUGCGCGAUCGUCGGUGGAGUUUUGACGGUUGCUGGCUUGCUUGACAGCUUUGUUUAUGGAGCUCAAAACCGGAUGAAGGGAGGAAGCUCAAACGGUGCUGCUUCUCAUUCUAGGACUGGAAAGUUCUUAUGAAAAGCUACUCUCUUUCCUUCCCACCAUCUCUACCCCCAUCAUAAUUCCCCCUUCCUGUAAAUAGUGUCAUGCUUAUUAAAACAAAAAAUAAAUAUCUAGAAAUUUUCCUUUUGAGUUCUGAUUCUCAACAUUAGCUUGUCUUGCUUUCUUCAAUCUUGUUAUUUCGUCUUUUUUGUUCUUCUUUUCACUUCUUUCCUCCAUAUUGAAGCAGGUUCACCAAUGACGAAAAAAUAGAAUAAACUAACACUAGUGUAUACAUAUAUAUACUAGCAUUUGUAUCUCAGUAUCUGGGUCUAGUGGAUGCCUUGGUCCUUGACCACUGUUUCUGCAUACUGAUUUUCACUUGCAAAACGGUUUGUCCAAUAUCACCUGAUGGGCAUGUAGC